GUUGGUACAACUGCUUUAGUAAUAAGUAGAAAUGUCAAACGUCAAAAAGCAACCAUAAAUAAACGUUACAAUGGAAAAUAAAAAGAUAUCGUUUGGUUUUAGCAAAGUUAGUAAAAGAACUGAAAUUUUAUCGAAAGCACCGAAACCUGAAAAAAAAGUUGAGCUUAUUGACUGUUUGGAGGGUCAGUCUAUCAAAAUUAAAGAUGCCGUUGAAGAAACAAAUGAACCGUUAAUAAUACCAAUUCAGGGUUCGUCAAACAAGCUUUUAGACCAAGUGAAAAAAGCGAAAGAAAAACGCAUUAAAGAGGAGGUGAAGGAGGAGGAAACAGUACCUGAUUCCGAAUUAACUUUGAAUGAACUAGCAGCUAGAGAAUUAAUAAGGGAGGCACAAAAUCGCGGUUCUGUCAACACUGACUCAAAAAUUUUUGCUUUACCCUUAAAAGAAGAAAAAUUCGUUGCAGAAGGUGCAGAAGAAUCUUCACUUGAAGACUAUGAACAUGUACCCAUUUCAGAUUACGGGAUGGCUAUGUUACGGGGAAUGAAUUGGAAGGAGGGAAUGCCUAUUGGAAAGAGAACAAAAAAAACAGAAACUCUCAAAUUACCCGAGCUGCGACCUAAAGGCUUAGGUCUUGGUGCUAACAAAAUGGUAAACUCAAGUAAACCUUCCCAGGCUGUUGAUAAAGAUGGCAAAGAACUUCAGUUAGUGAAAGGAGCUUUCUGUAAAAUUAUUGCCGGAAAUCACAGAGGUCACUACUGUGAAGUGCAAGGACUGGAUGACGAAAAUUGUCGAGCGAUAGUCAAAACAGCUAUCACAAACGAAAUUUUAAGUUUAAACGAAUUUUUGAUCGUUCUUGUUAACAAAGAAGAGUUUGAAAAAAAUUCUCGAGUAAUAAACAACGCCAAGUACGAGGAAUAUCAGGAAAAGUCACGUGGGGUAAACAAGAAAACGAGCGAUGAGAAAGAUAGGGAUAGAUCAAGGUCGCGCGAUAAACGUAGCUGUAGUAACGAAAAAAGUAGCGGUAAGUCUCGAAAAAGACACAAAAAAAAGUCAAAGAAGAACAAACACAAGUAUUCGUCAGAUUCGGAAGAUGAGAGAAGAAAACACAAAAAAAAGGGUAAAUCGAAGCAUGAUAGCAGCGACAGUGACAGCGAACGCGAGUACAGAAGAAGAAGGAACAAAGAUAGGAAAUAAUUUAAAUUUUUAAUAAAUCUCAUUUUUCCUA